AAGUAUUUUUGGUCGAAUCUUACUCGAAGAGUGAAAAAUCUCCGACUGCUCUAUUUAGGGGAAAGGUCGCAGUUGUGUCAGGUUUUUAUAUCCAGCCCGGACUGAUUCAGAGUGCCACAAGCGCAUAUCGGUCUAAAAGUUUGAUCCUGACGGUGGUGGUUUGUUGAAUCUGCGUCAUGGCGCUUCUCAGAGGAGUAUUUGUUGUAGCUGCCAAGCGCACUCCAUUUGGUACCUAUGGUGGCGUGCUGAAGGAUCACAGUGCAACAGACCUGGCUGAGCAUGCAGCCAAAGCCGCUCUCGCUGCUGGGGGUGUCGCACCAGAGCUUGUAAACAGUGUCAUCAUGGGAAAUGUCAUGCAGAGCUCAGCUGAUGCGCCCUAUAUUGCUCGCCAUGUGGGUCUGAGGUGUGGCGUUCCCAUCCCAGUGCCUGCUCUCACUGUGAACAGACUGUGUGGGUCUGGUUUCCAGUCCAUCAUCAAUGGUGCUCAAGAGAUUUGCCUCAGGGAAUCAGAGGUGGUCCUGUGUGGAGGCUCGGAGAGCAUGAGCCAGGCCCCGUACGCUGUUCGCAACAUACGAUUCGGAACAAAGUUUGGAUUCGAUCUCAAGCUAGAGGACACCUUGUGGGCGGGUCUGACCGACCUGCACGUCAAAAUCCCGAUGGGCAUCACAGCAGAAAACCUCGCAGAGAAGUACCAGAUCACACGAGAAGAUUGUGACAAUUAUGCACACCAGACGCAACAAAGGUGGAAGGCAGCUCAUGAGGCUGGUCAUUACACAGCAGAAAUCGCUCCCAUUGAUGUGAAAGCUAAAAAGGGCAAAGUGCCCAUGGCUCAGGACGAGCACCCUCGUCCACAGACCACACUGGAACAGAUGGCCAAACUGGCUCCUGUGUUCAAGAAGGGAGGGACUGUCACUGCUGCCAAUGCCUCGGGCGUAUCUGAUGGUGCUGCUGCUGUGGUGAUUGCAAGUGAAGACGCGCUGAAGGAGCACAAGCUCACUCCUCUGGCCAGAGUCGUGGCCUAUCACGUUUCAGGAUGUGAUCCCAGCAUUAUGGGAAUCGGUCCUGUUCCAGCAAUCACAGAAGCUCUUAAAAAAGCUGGCCUGACUCUCAGCGACAUGGAUCUUGUGGAGGUGAAUGAGGCUUUUGCCCCUCAGUACCUGGCUGUGGCAAAGGCUCUUGGUCUGGAUCCAGAGAAGAGCAACGUUAACGGUGGCGCCAUCGCCAUCGGACAUCCACUCGGUGCUUCUGGAGCACGCAUCACUGCCCACCUGGUUCAUGAGCUUAGGAGACGAGGAGGCAAGUAUGCUGUUGGCUCUGCUUGCAUCGGUGGAGGUCAGGGCAUCGCCAUCAUCCUCGAAAGAUGCUAACCGGAGAAGCUGCCAGUAUCAGAAGAAUCCCUGUAGAAGAAUGUCUUGCACCAUCACUCACUUGCAUAGAAUAACAUACAAUUGACACAAGCUAAAAAGAGAUUUUUAAGAACCUUUCACAGUCAUGUAAAAUGGCGAGUGUUCUUUCAAAAUGAUAACUCAUAUGUUUUCCCUGGUACAUAAAGUAUCAUUCAACAUUAAUAUUUUUGCUGCUCACUCUUGUUAGUUUAUUUAGUCUGUUUAUUCAUGUACAAUGAGCCCAAUGUUGCCUCGGAAACCUGUUUAUGUACGUGCCUCAAAUACACAGCUAGAUCUUUGGUAACAUUGACAUGUGUAGCAUAGUAUUAACUCCAUAAGUACAGAUUUGGUUGGGUUACUGUGAGGUUUAAAUCAACUGUGAUGUUUGCCUUUCAUGUUUUCUUUCACUCCAUUAUCAGGGAUCAGUUUUGCUAGGAAAUAUGUCUGACCUGUGAUGGCUCCAGCAAAAACUGACUUUGUAUUUCUCUUUCAAAUAAUCUCAAUAAAUACAAUUUUCAAAAAACAUUUAAAAAA